AUGUACUACAGACUGAGCGGAGUGACGCAGCGGCUUACAACCCGCACUCCCCCCACCUGUCCGUCUUCUCAGGGUCUGCGUCCAGGAGUCCCACCUGUCAGGCCUCCCAUCAUGUUCGCGUCUCCGACCAAGCUGGUGUCUGAAACAGGACAUCAGGUGGAGUACCUGGGAGCCAAUCGAGUCCCUGACCUGCAGAAGUUCUUCCAGAAGUCAGACGGCGUCCCAGUCCACCUGAAGAGAGGCCCAAUGGACAAGCUGCUGUACCAGACUACCAUGGGUCUGACAGUCGGGGGGGCGCUCUACUGCCUGGUGGCGCUCUACAUCGCGGCCCAGCCCAGUAACAAGUGA